CACUCUCAUUGUCUCUCCCCAAAAAUAGAAAUACAAAUAGAAACUCAUUACAAUACUUUCCAUUUUCCACUCUUCCUUGUGUUUUAGGACACUGUAAAAUCUCUCUUUCACAAACACCUUCAUCAACUAUCACUUUUCCUUUCCAUUUUCCUAUCUAUUCAUCAAUGGCUUUCUCUUCUUUCUUCUUCUUCUUCACUCCAAUAAUAACAACUUGUUUUCUAGUAAUAGUAGUAGUCUUCUGUUCAACCUGACACUUUCAUCAUCAUUUUCACCUAUUUUACUUCAUUGUUCCAUCCAUUCUCAUCACGUGCUUUUCUGACACUUUUUUUUCUUCCCUGCCAUCUGGGUAGUUUUCAGUCUUCACUUUGUUUUCUCUCACUCUUUAUUAUUUUCUUUGACUCUAUUUGGUUCCUGAAGAACAACAAGACCAACAUAAACUUGUUUACUUUUUCAGUCUUUCUUUUGUUUCUAACUCAUUUGUCUUUAUCUCUAUACAAAAAAAUGCUCUUUCAAUGGUUCUGAGGAUAUUCAAAACCAUAAUAUAAUAAUAAAAAGCUUAACUUUUGCUACGGCAUCAUUGUUUUUUAAGACUGUUCCUGCAGAAACUCAAGUCUUUAGUUGUUUGUUUUUUGUUUUUUGGUUUUUCUUGCUCAUUGAUUCUGUUACAAGCAAUGGAAUCUUGGAGUUAUAUUUCUGAAGAAAAAGGUUCUGAAGAAUUAGGUUUUUGUGAAAUGUUUGGGAAACAAUAUUCAGAUGAUUUCAAUUUCAUUGGAAAUGUUCCAAGCAAGAAACUUGAUGGUAAAUUUGAUGACCCAAAUGAGUUUUCUGUAAAAGGGGACACAAAUUUCAAGCUUUCAAAUUCUGUGGUGGAAUCUAAUGGUUGGGAUUCUCUGAUUGAUUUGAAGCUAGGAAGAUUUGAUGAUCAUGGUAAUGCUUCAAUUGAUGUGGCAUUUUCCAAAGGAGCAGCACCUAUUUUGUCUUCUUGUGAAUCUUCAACUCCUCCCAAGAGAGUGAGAGUGCACUCAAUGACUGCAUAUUGUCAAGUUUAUGGAUGUAACAAAGAUCUUAGUUCUUGUAAAGACUACCACAAGAGGCACAAAGUUUGUGAGGUUCACUCUAAGACUCCUAUAGUCAUUGUGAAUGGAAUUGAGCAAAGGUUUUGUCAACAAUGUAGCAGGUUUCAUUUGCUGUCUGAAUUUGAUGAUGGUAAGCGCAGUUGCCGUAAACGACUUGCAGGCCAUAAUGAGCGUCGAAGAAAACCACAAGGCAUUCACUCUGCAAAUUCUGGGAGACUGUUUCAGCCAUUUGGUGAUAUCGGAUUCCAGGGAACCAAGCCACCAGCAGCAUCUUUUCUCUGCCCAGAGGUCUUCCAAAGUGGUUUCUGGAGACCUAUGAAAGCAGAACAUGAAGCUGGCUUUAGGCAUCUUUCUUCUGUGCCUGUUACCAAUGGACAUCUUCAAUCAAGAUCUCCGUUUCCUUCUUACAACGAAAAACAAUUUCCAUUUCUUCAUGAAAAUGUUGCCACAUCCACUACAGGCAGUAAGUUCAGUGAAAACAAUAGCCAUUACGCGCAUGCCAUUGGCUACGCCUCAUUAGGAAAUGAAGACUUCAAUGUUUUUCAUACCGCACCAAGCAUUCAAGGAUUAUCAGGAAUUUCAGACUCUUGUGCUCUCUCUCUUCUGUCAUCUCAAUCCAAUAACACUUCAAGCCAGUCCUCGGAAAUUCCCUUUGAUAACCCUUUGGUUAUUCCAAGCAGCCAUAGCCAUGUCUACAGCAUAAGAUCACAGGCAACUUCCUCAAGCCGAGUGUCUGAUAGAUUUUUAUCCAAAUUAAAUCCUGCAGAUGGAAGUCAUCUCAGUCCUAUAUUGGUAUCAGACAAUAAUGAUAUUGUGAACUUUGAAAUGGAAGAUGGGAUCUUCCAUGAUUCAGAUUUUGUGAAUGCUAGAGACUGUCUUUCGUGUGAAGAUGAUGCAACCAUCGACUUACUACAACUGUCGUCGCAGCUUCAGCGAGUUGAGCAUCAUAGACAAUCAUUGCAGGUGAAGAAAGAGUUUGAUUCUUCUUGCACUCUUCGAAUUACUUAAAGUGAUUUGGAUGAGGAAACAAGUUGUGCAUUAUAUGACAGACACCUAUGUAAGCAAGUUAUCUUAAACAACUUAGGCCACCGGGAAAUAGAAGCUUGCAAUGAUUCCAUUCUUUUCUUCUGCUCGCCACUUUAACUAGUUUGCUCGCGCUGAUUCGGAUUAAGAACUUGUUAGCAGAAUAACUGACCUCCUAAACAUGUUAGGCUAUAUCAAUGGUAUUUAUUGUUUUGAGAGUUGGGAUGCAAUUGUCCCUCAGUUUUUAAUAUAUGAUAAGCAUGUCUAUGUAAUAAACAAAGGCUUUAUACUAUGUAUCAAAAUAUGGUAUUCAGGGCAUAAUUACUGUCUGAUUUUGUGAAAGUCUUUGUUCAAUAGCCUCUUUUUGGUCAAAAUGAAAUAUUAAUGUUUCGGGGGUAUUGUAAUAAAUUGAAACAACGUACAGUUGUGAGUCAAACAGUGAACUGAAGAGACCAGGUGGUUCAACAGAUUGAGAGAAUGAUCUGAAAAUAAUGUAUUAAGCUCAUAUAAUGAGUGACAAUCAUUGGAGUUUUCAUGU